UCAUCAUCCUCAUCCUCAUCGCGAACAAUAGAGGACCGCGGAGGGCCUGCGCUGCUCUCUCAGGAUUAUCGCAGAAAUAUAGCGAUGAUCGACAGCGUCGAACGGGCACCACACGACUGAAGAACGGAAUACACACAGCGUCGCUUAUAUCUGAACAGUUUGGUGAAAGAUGGCGAACGACUCGCCCGCUAAGAGCCUGGUGGACAUAGACCUCGCCUCUCUGCGCGACCCUGCUGGCAUUUUUGAGCUGGUGGAAGUGGUCGGCAAUGGCACCUAUGGACAAGUAUACAAGGGUCGACAUGUCAAAACCGGACAGCUGGCGGCCAUCAAAGUCAUGGACGUGACUGAAGAUGAAGAAGAGGAGAUUAAGCUGGAGAUUAACAUGCUGAAGAAAUACUCUCAUCACAGAAACAUUGCCACGUAUUACGGCGCGUUCAUUAAGAAGAGUCCUCCAGGACACGACGACCAGCUGUGGCUAGUGAUGGAGUUUUGUGGAGCCGGCUCGAUAACAGACCUUGUGAAAAACACGAAAGGAAACACACUGAAAGAAGACUGGAUCGCGUACAUCUCCAGAGAAAUUCUCAGGGGGUUGGCCCACCUGCACGCUCAUCAUGUCAUCCACAGAGACAUCAAGGGCCAGAAUGUGCUGCUGACUGAGAACGCAGAGGUCAAACUAGCUCUAUUGUGAAUGUCCCGGGCGAGUCGACUCUGCGUAGGGACUUCAUCCGUCUACAGCAGGAGAAUAAGGAGCGCUCGGAGGCAAUGAGACGACAGCAGCUCCUCCAGGAACAGCAGAUGCGUGAGCAGGAGGAAUACAAGCGCCAACUACUGGCAGAACGACAGAAACGCAUCGAGCAGCAGAAAGAGCAGAGGCGGCGGCUGGAGGAGCAACAAAGACGAGAGCGAGAGAUGAGGAGACAACAAGAGCGAGAGCAGAGGAGGAGAGAGCAGGAGGAGAAGAGACGUGUGGAGGAGAUGGAGAGGAGACGCAAAGAAGAGGAGGAGCGCAGGAGGGCAGAAGAGGAGAAGAGGAGGGCCGACCGUGAGCAGGAGUACAUCCGCCGGCAGCUGGAGGAAGAGCAAAGGCACCUGGAGAUCCUGCAGCAGCAGCUGUUACAUGAGCAGGCCAUGCUACUGGCGGACGAGCGGCACAGGAGGAAUGUUCAGGGUUCUCCUCAGGCCGUGGUGAUGCCGAAGCAGCCACCUGCUGUACCGCCUCGAUCAGAAGCCUUCUCCAACGGCAGUGUGUCCGAACCGAGCCAUCGGUCCGCUGACCCACAGGAUCUGACGGCUCUGGCGAAGGAACUGCGUGCGGUGGAGGACGUGCGGCCUCAACACAAAGCCACGGAUUACUCUUCCUCCAGCGACGACUCCGGCACCACUGAUGAUGAAGAUGAUGAGGAGGUGGACCAGGACAUCGGGGACGAGUCGACGUCUGGCCCGGAGGACUCGCGGGGAGGAGGCUCGUCUAGACUCAGUAAUGGUGAGGCAGAAGCAGCGAAGACGAUGGUCGUGCAGGACGAUGAUGCCUCCUCUACGCCAUGCAAAGACAGCACACUCGUCAUGAGACAGUUCCAGAGAUCAGGGCCUGUGACACUGCUGGGUUCAGGUUGGAAAGAGGCUUGUUGUCCCAGUCCUGUAGAGAUUGUGCAGAGGAACUGCUUUAGGGGGGCAAACCCUCUCCUGCCCGACCUGCUCCAGCAGAGUCAUCGCUCGCCCCCUGGCUCCGCCUCCUCAUCCCCUGGCUCCGCCUCCUCUCCCAACAGCCCCGCCCUGUCCCCCAUCAGUUCCUCGGACAGACUCCUGUGCCUGACAGAGACUCCCACUGUGCCGAAGCACAAGUCUUCCUCCUCGUUCACUCCCUUCAUCGACCCGCGCCUCCUCCAGGUGUCUCCGUCCACCGGCAGCGCGCUCAAUAACGCUGGUUACAGUAAUGAUGCUCGACUGCAGGAGGCUCUGCGUCAGGACGCGUCCCGUAAGGGUUCGGUGGUCAACGUCAAUCCUGUCAACACUCGGCCACAGAACGACACGCCAGAAAUACGCAAAUACAAGAAGAGGUUCAACUCUGAGAUCUUGUGCGCUGCUCUGUGGGGUGUUAAUCUGUUAGUCGGGACAGAGAGCGGACUCAUGCUACUGGAUCGCAGUGGUCAAGGGAAAGUCUACCCGCUCAUUAGUCGUAGACGCUUUCAACAAAUGGAUGUUUUGGAGGGACUUAACGUUCUAGUGACAAUAUCAGGGAAGAAGAAUAAACUGCGUGUGUACUAUCUCUCGUGGCUGAGGAACAAGAUCCUCCACAAUGACCCUGAGGUGGAGAAGAAGCAGGGCUGGACCACCGUAGGAGACCUGGAGGGCUGUGUGCACUACAAAGUCGUGAAGUACGAGAGGAUCAAGUUCUUGGUUCUGGCCCUGAAGAAUUCAGUAGAGGUGUAUGCGUGGGCUCCCAAACCAUACCAUAAAUUCAUGGCUUUCAAGUCUUUUGGUGAUCUGGUGCACAAGCCACUGCUAGUUGACCUCACAGUUGAAGAAGGCCAAAGGUUAAAGGUCAUCUAUGGGUCCUGCUCUGGGUUUCACGCUGUGGAUGUCGACUCAGGAGCCGUCUAUGACAUUUAUCUGCCCACUCACAUUCAGAUGAGUAUUCAGUCGCACGCCAUCAUCAUCCUGCCGAACACGGAUGGCAUUGAGCUGCUGGUGUGUUAUGAAGACGAGGGUGUGUAUGUCAACACCUACGGCCGCAUCACUAAAGACGUGGUGCUCCAGUGGGGCGAGAUGCCCACAUCUGUUGCUUAUAUUCGCUCUAACCAGAUCAUGGGCUGGGGAGAGAAGGCCAUAGAGAUCCGCUCUGUAGAAACAGGCCACUUGGAUGGAGUUUUCAUGCACAAAAGAGCACAAAGACUCAAGUUUCUGUGUGAAAGAAAUGACAAGGUAUUCUUCGCGUCUGUGCGUUCGGGAGGCUCGAGCCAGGUCUACUUCAUGACUCUGGGCCGGACCUCUCUGCUCAGCUGGUAAUCACAGCGAUGACCCUGAUCUUCUACCACUGACGUUUCUCCAGGAUCGGCGGAGGCCAGGCCACACACACGCCAGAGCCCGCUGAAGGACUGACACACACACAUCUGCGUCCUUUUGCAGCGUGCUGCAUGAGGAACUGGCUUGAGUAUUCUACAGUAUUAUUGCUAGUCUGUGUAAAUGUCUUUCUCUAGAGUUUAAUAAAAUCUGACUCAGCUGAGAGGAACGGUGAAAUUCUGCUAAUGUGUCUCUCAGUCACAAAUAGUGUCAUAACAAUGGUGAAACACAAAAUGGCUUUUUGUCCUGUAUUUUUAUUUAUGGGUUAUUUAUUUCUAGGUUUUUUUAUUGAUUUGUUUUUACUAAGCAGAGUAGUUAUGCGCAGUGAUGUGGAUGACGGUGCCUGAGAGGUUCAACAUUUGCUGAUAGAAUUCCAGUGUUCCCAAGCAGAGCGUUAUGGACCAUCUUACGAAUCCGCUAAUGGUCACGUGAUGUCAACAGGAAGCGGACAGCUGUGUUAGCCUCGGGUUUGCUUUUGGCACAUCAAAAACGUGGAUUUGGAUAAAUGUCAAUUUAAUGUGGACUGUGCUGUGCCACAUCUUUUCUCGUCUUCUCUCGUUUCCCUCUUCCCUCGUUUUCUUCUGCCGCAUGACAGUGGCCUCAUUCCUACAUUGAAAUGACCAAUGAAAGAGGUUUAAUCCGUCUCUGUUGAACCAGUAUCUCCACUGGCCUUGAGAAGUGCGCAUCAACACCUUGUGUCCUAUCCUUCUGUUCUGAAGAGCGUACGAAAGCUAGUUCUGGCAUUUUAUGCACUGGACUUGGAACCGAACGGUCCACUCAUCCAGAACAGAAACCCUAGUUAUAAAACUGACAUUUAAUUCAUUUUGUAUGACUGUUUAUGAUGCCCUUUUGUUCCAAGAUAUGCGUUUUCCAUCAGGCAGCGACAAUGCUGAUCUGAGAAUACAAACCGAGUUUAGAUAUCCCGUAAUAACUUAAUCUCAGUUAUGGAAACAUUACCUUAAAUUUUAUGAGAAAGACUGUCUUGGUCAUGGACUAUUAUUAUUAUUAUUAUUAUUAUUAUUAUUAUUAUCAUUUGUAACUGAACUGUAUAUAUUUAAUAAAAGGCAGGACUGUGCUGUUAAGUAACUGAAACAUAUGAAAAGGAAGGGAUGAGCAUGCAUGAGUCAAGAGACGCUCACCGCAGAAAGCUUUUUGGUGAUUCUAGGGUUUUUAUUAUUAUUAUUAUUGUUUUACUUUUAUAUCGUUUCUUUCUCACGGUUUUCACACACAAACUUAGUGAAUCUGUAUGAUUAUGUCUAUUAUGAUUUCUGGAGUUAUUUUCUCUUUUUAGUUCAUGCCUCACUUCUGCUCUCCCCACACACAGUAUUUAUAGAUUUAUAUGUUCUAUCAUUUUGACAUUUCUGUUUCUUGUGAUAAUUAGUAUUAGAUUUGAUUUUAGUAUUUUAACAAAUCUGUCAAACUUUAAAAAGAAAGUGAAUUG